AUGCAAGGGAAUGAAGACAUGAUCACAGAAGUGGUGUCUAACUGGUUGAAGCCGUGCUGUGGGCGGAGGGUAGCCCCGUGGCAGGUGUGUCUGCUCAGUGCAGGCUUCAACUGUUUCCUGGUGGCCCUGGUCAUCCUGGUGGUGGUCUUCUUGACCCUGGAACUCCUCAUAGACACCAAGCAUCUACAAUUUGCCAAUGCUAUUCAAUUUGCCAGCGUCAUCCAUUGGAUCAGCCUUGCCAUCCUGUCACUCUUCUUCACUGAGACUGUCUUCAGGAUUGUAGUCCUUGGGAUUUGGGACUACAUUGAGAACAAAGUAGAGGUGUUUGACGGGGCAGUCAUCGUGUUGUCCCUGGCCCCUAUGGUAGCCUCCACGGUAGCCAACGGCCCCAGCAGUCCCUGGGACGCCAUCAGUCUCAUCAUCACCCUGCGCAUCUGGAGAGUCAAGAGAAUCAUCGACGCCUAUGUGUUGCAGGUGAAGGUGGAGAUGGAGCUGGAGAUCUUGCAGUGUGAGAAGAUCAAGGCUGUCAGGGAGGAGCAGCUGGAACGACUCACACAGAUCUGCCAGGAGCAGGCAUUUGAGAUCAGACAGCUCCGGGCCCACCUGGCCCAGCAGGACUUGGACCUGGCUGCAGAGCAGGAGGCUGCUAUGCAGAUCCACCAUGUGUGGAGCAAACAGAGGAGCAGCUACCAGGUGGUGGAGAGCCAGGGCCCUGGGGAGUCUGACGAUGAGGGACAUGGAGUCCUCAGGGAGACCUCAGCAGGUACACUCGCCUAUACUGUACCUAUAAGCUACACUAUAUAUACAAAAUUAUAUGGACACCCCUUUUGGUCAUGUAGUGUAUGUCACAUCCAGGGAAACUAGGGCCCAGAGU